GACGGCAAGUAGAUCUCUUCCAUCUUUUUCUUCAUCAUCAUCUGCAACCGUUUCUUUUCUUCAAAGUCAACAACCGCUAUUGAAGUCUGCUUUUUGCUAGUCGAUACCCGAUCAGCCCCUCCAGGAACACGAUGCGGCUCCUGGACACGGCUACAGUCCAACUCAAAGAGUUCGUAGGCAACGGUAUCCCGCCAUAUGCCAUUCUCUCACAUACGUGGGAAGAUGACGAGGUAUCUCUUCAAGCCCUGCCUACCGCAGGACACAUCGCUCCAGAGCCAGCCGGGUACACGAAGAUCAAGAAGUGCUGCGAGCAAGCUGCCUCGGACGGCUUCCAGUACGUCUGGAUUGACACAUGUUGCAUCGAUAAAACGAAUAGUGCUAAGCUAUCGGAGGCCAUAAACUCGAUGUACCGAUGGUAUUGGGAUGCUGUGGAAUGCUAUGCGUAUUUAGCCGAUGUUUCCUUGGCCGAUCUAUCCUUGGCAGAUUUCGGAAAGAGAUUCAAAGGAAGCAGAUGGUUCAAGAGGGGAUGGACUCUCCAAGAGCUCAUUGCGCCCCGUUUCGUGGUAUUCUUCGACAGUCGUUGGAUAGAGAUCGGAACUAAAGCGAGCUUGAGGAAGGAAAUCACGGCCAUCACAGGGAUCCCGGAGCAGGUUCUCUCCACGAGAAGAUUUAGCGAGUACAGUAUCGCGCAAACUAUGUCAUGGGCUUCAAAAAGGCAAACGAGUCGAGUGGAAGAUAUCGCGUACUCCUUAUUAGGCUUGUUCGACGUGAAUAUGCCGAUGAUAUAUGGAGAAGGCUCGAAAGCUUUCCUUCGACUCCAACACGAGAUAAUGAGGAAAUCUAGUGACCAAUCACUCUUUGCCUGGAAUACCUCACCUUUCGAUCACUAUUGCGCUCACGGAUCUGGACCUUUGGCCCCAUCGCCAUUCGAGUUUCGCGGAUGCGGCCACAUAGUUCGCUCCCAAGUCAACGAGCAAUCUGAAUACUCUCUGACCAACAGAGGUCUUCGUAUCACAUUACCUCUCCUGAGGGAGAUCAAUCGUGAAGGAGCAGCUCCUGCAGUGCUCGAGUAUACCAGCUCACAGGACAUCGUAUAUGGAGCCACCGUCAUCAUAGGCUUGCUAGAUUGUUUUAGGCCAGAUGGCACCAGAAUUGGCAUCUAUCUCACACAAGUCCGGCCGUAGUCUAACGAGUUCGCUCGAAUCCACGCUUACAAUCUGUACUAUUUCCGUGGAAAUCCUCGCCAUAGUCCCCAGAGAACUCAAAUCUACAUUGAGCAGCCUAGUAAUACGGACCCAC